UGCGCUUCGUUCGAGAAGUCGAGAUCGUUUAUUAGUCGCGAGCCAAAAGCUGAGUGCCUCAGUUGAAGCUUAACUUUGCCAGCGAGAAGAUGAUUCAUACGUUCGCACAUCUGGGUCUUUUACUGUGUAUCCUGGUUUAUGUGGCUGCAUACCAGGAUCAGCAGAGUAAGCAUUGUAAACCAGAUGGGGGAUAUUGCCAGUUGCAUACGGAUUGCUGUUCGGGAACGUGCAGAACAUACAAUUUAUAUUGCAUCCCUGCAGUUGACCACUUCGAUCCAAUUAAAGUGAAUAAGAUUAAUAUUUACGAUGUGAUGAAACCCAAGCCAAUUAAAGAUCAGGUGCAAAUUUAUGGUCUACCUGAUGAGUCAGACCCACUGGAUGAUGUUUUUGCUAUUGAACCAAAGACAAAUUAUGCCGCAGAAUGCAAUCAAAUUGGUGAACCAUGCUCUCGGGCAGAAGAAUGCUGCAAUUUGCGAUGCCACACUUAUUUGCACAGGUGUGUCACCUAAAAAACUCAAAAUAAUCAGGAAAUACAUAUGAAAGCCAGCUAAUUACCAAAAAAAUCCAUUAAGGAAAGGUGCAGCCUUCUAUAUAUUAAGUGGAAAAAAUUGUAUAAUUGUAUGUCUAAUAUUGGCAAUAUUAUUUGAUUGUUUUUAUCUUCAUAAGUCUGUGCUGAAAUAAAAAAAGGGUGCAAAUUUC